AUGCUAUCGCACUUGCUAUAUCAAUUCUUCUACGCCGACCUUGGCGAUGGCUUUUUCGAGUGCAGGGAGUGCAGCUGCAGCCGCAGUCAAGCCCCCGGAACUGGCUACAGCAACCUUCUCGAUCACCUCCAUACCGAGUACGCGGGCUACGUGGAGGAGUACACCGAGCUCCAAGCCGCUGCCACGUCCACGAUGGGCAUGUCCGGCUUUGUGGACGAAGUAUCGCUAAAUAUCUACUUGUGGAUGCGCUGGGUCAUCCAGCGCAACCUACCAAUCACGGAGGUAAAGAACAAGCUCACUCGUGAGACUGUAACAAUAAAAUCAACUACUGUUAGAACAAUGAAGGUCUGCAUGCGCUAUGUUACAGGUAAGGUUGGUGAGACACUCUCCUCUGAUAUGGGGAAUUCUUUCUGCCUGAUGUUCGAUGAGUGGACUAGCCACUCUCUCCAAUUUCCUGAGUAUCUUCACGGUCUACCUGAUGAAUGGCAUGCGGUACCAGUGGCUGCUCGCGCUUUCCCCGAUGUAUGGGAGCCAAACGGCUGA